GCGGUGCGUUGGUGGACAUCGGUGAGGCCAUGAGGCAGAUGGCCGACGUGAAAGACUCUCUGGACAUCAGUGUCAAACAAAACUUUAUUGACCCACUCCAGAACUUACAGGACAAAGACCUCAAGGAGAUCACGCAUCACCUGAAGAAGCUGGAGGGGAGGCGGUUGGACUUUGACUAUAAGAAGAAGCGUCAGGGGAAGGUGCCUGACGAGGAGAUCCGUCAGGCGGUUGAGAAGUUUGAGGAGAGCAAAGAGGGCGAGAGGAGCAUGUUCAACUUCCUGGAGAACGAUGUGGAGCAGGUGAGUCAGCUGUCAGCGUUGGUUGAAGCAGCGUUAGACUACCGUCAGUCCUUGGAGGUCCUAGAAGACCUCAACACCCAACUACAAAACAGGAUAUCCUCAGCCAGCAGUCGACCGAAGAGAGAAUUUAAACCAAAGUCCAUCAUGAGCAGCAUUGAGACCAUAGACAACACUCAACACAAUGGUAUCUAUAGCUCCUCACUCAAGUCCUCAGACAUCCAGAUCAAUCACACAGUAAAUGGAAAUGAGAAAACUGAUCCCUUCACCACCGUUCCUCUGUCCUGGCCAGAGAGUCCCACUUUCAACGGCCACCAAUCGGAGGUGCUGGACCAGCCGUGUGCCAGGUSCCUGUAUGACUUUGAGCCAGAGAACGAUGGCGAGCUGGGCUUUAAGGAGGGUGACAUCAUCAUCCUCACCAACCAGAUAGAUGACAACUGGUAUGAAGGCAUGAUAAACGGAGACUCUGGCUUCUUCCCAAUCAACUAUGUGGAGGUUAUCGUACCCCUGCCCCAGUGAGACAGGAAUGGACAGGACACCACCCAAUCAGGGACCAAACUCCCGAGCCCAACCUCCUCACAGCCUCCCCUAGUUCCUACACCCUACGYACYUGUGGACAUCUGAGAGGACUUUGUUAUUUUGAUCUGAGAGCUAUUUCCAUAUAGAUUGCACCGGUCGAAUCCGCUCAGAUCUCCACAGGURCGUAGGGCGCAGGGUCUUGGGGUCGAUUUGGGAUUAUACACAGUGUCCAUUUCAUCAGACUUCAAACCCCACCCUCAAGCCUCCAGUCAUCAACCCCCAGCCUCCAGUCCCUACCCUUACACCCCCAGCCUCCAGUCCCUACCCUUACACCCCCAGCCUCCAGUCCCUACCCUUACACCCUCCGCCUUAGAAACACAGUACUCAAUCCCAAAUCGACCCUAUACCCUAGACACUUUUGUAGAUCUGAAAAGAUUGGACAGGUAUAAGGAAGGAAGUGGACAUUCUAAGCAGUCUAUCAGAAGGCAGAGUGAAGUAAAUCUGAUCUUGUUAAUACCAAUCCUUUAAGAUCAAUAGGAGUGUGUAGGGGUUAGAGGGGAUAYGGGUUUAUUUGGGAUUUCAGCACAACAACUCCUAGCACAACAACUCCUAGCACAAACYUAUGUCUAAUUUAUUGUCAAAACGACAUGUAAUCCCUAGUCCCAGASUACAACCCUCCAAUACGCCAGYACCCACACAGCCCCUAACCCAAACCACAAACUCCAUGAAGUCGUCAGAUGAAAUUGAUCACAACACACUUCAUCAACAUCCUCCUCAGAUGACGACGCCUUGCUUUUCAAUAAGUCUACUACUUUUCUCUUUGUCUUUUACAAUAUUUAUUUUCUACAUUGUUCUUUUCAUGGUUUGUGAAAUGUGAAAAUCAGGGUUCCUCCCCCAAACAGUGUUCCAUUUGGAGCAGCUACAGGUGACGCCAUCAGACAAGACCACUAAAAUAAUCACCUGAAAAUCGCUGUGUAACAGAAACCACUUAUGGUUUGAAAUAUUUUCUGGUUGUAAACUGAAGAAAAGUCAUUCCAGGUUAUCAAAGAUGAUGCUUUUCUCAUGAUCUGCCACCAUGAGAAAACAAAAUGGAGUCUCCUGGAGAAAUCCACAUUGCUACUACUGUGCAUCCGUUUGGUUCGGGGUUUCCUGUGUAACCCUUCUGCAAGUGGUGAUGUUGAGUUAGGAGUGGUCUUUUUGUUCCUUUUCUCUGCUGUUAUCUGUAGGGCCAGGAGUUAUGCCUGACCAUGUUACCUGACCAAGACGAACUCUAGUCCCUAGUUCUAGGUUAUUAUAGGCUUUAACAUGUGUCCAGAGUUGUUCCUGUUGUCUGUCUCUCUGUACCUCCGUCUGCCUGCCUGCCUGUCUGCCUGUUGUGCUCUUAAGUGUUAUCCCAAACACAUAUUUUUAAACUGUAAGGAACUGAUUUUAUAACUCUGAAUGUCCCUCUCUCUCUCUCUCUGUGUUUACAUGGUCUGGUCUUACUGUGACGUAAAGACUCCUCUAAGGACUGUACCACUGUUCUGUGUCAGACGGGGGUGAAUGCCUUGACCCACGUGGACCUUUUAAGUGCUUUUUAAAAUGUCGUCUGUAUUGCACUGAAGCUUUAGACCCGAACGCGCAGCUCCGGACAUGCACAUACUGUAUGUUUUCUAGUUUCUCCUCAAGCACUGCACUUUCUAUGUCCUUCACCAUGAGAGGAAAUAUCUAUAUCACAUCAGUACCGUCUGUUAAGUUAUCGCCAUGGUGAAUAUAUAGAUUGAUAUGGACCACGAUAUGUACUGUAUGUGAUGAAACAGUUUGUCUGCCAUGUAACGUCAGACCACCAUUGUAGAUUGAAUGAAGUCUCAAAAUGAUACACAUUAAAGGCAUACUCUGUCACUUUUCUUUCCCCUGUGGUAGGACCACAAAGUACUUACACACUCGAAACCAAACACACAAACAAAACUAACAUUGUUUGAUUCACAUCAAUCASGCUCUUCUUUGUCUUUGUACUUUGCACUUGCAAAGACUCUCAAGCCUCCAAAACAAACACGUGUUAUCUAAGGCCUCACAGGUGACCAGAAAUAGAAGCAAUGAAGUGUGCCUUUAAUGAGAUAUGCCUGUCUAGUAUCAUGUCUGAAGUCUGAUAACCCUGGGCUUAUUUAGGAAGUACAGCACUGCUCUGACCUGACCUUCUAAUUGACACGUCUCUUUAGCCKGAUAGUUGGUUUUUAACUGCCAAUAGCCUCUCUCUCUCUCUGCUGAGAAUGGAAUUUAUCAGAGCCCUAUAAUAAGUAUUAUGUACUGUGUAUAUAUAGCUCUGGAUUUUAUAUGUUCACCAUUCAACAGAAUGGAUAACUCCAGAAUGAUUGAACAACAAUGACAUAACUGAAUCAUCAUCAUGUAUGGUCAUUUGUUUUCCUUUUUAAUUUAGAAAAACAGUAUUUAAAAAGCCACUGUAGUGUGUGGACAUUCCCUUUACCCAAAAGUCUGGAUUGGGUAUUUCUACCAAAAUACACUUCAACAUUCUUAAGCAUCUUCUUCCUCUAAGUWUKWCCAUGUUCUGGACCAACUACACUAACUAAACAACAGGGGAAGUAUAGUACCAUGUCCAAAGGUGUCUAAAGGUAAUACACACUGUUUUCAUAAUGCUAGUGAAUAUGGAAAACCCCUGUUUGCAUGAUUUAAAAAGRAAGRCUGCAGCCAUGGAUUUGAUUGUGAGAGAGAAAACAGAUUUUKUARGAGGCAGCAUAAGAAAUGGAAAAACCUUCAAUGUGGAAGAAGAUUGUYCUGAAGCCCAACCCUUCUGUUCUGUAAUAGCCUGCUGCUUUCUGAAGGUGUCUGUCUGAUKGUUGACAGUGUGUGUGUCCGUCCCAUUUGGGACAAACCACUGUGUGCUGACUGAGAUGACACUUCCCCAACACUACAGCUGGACGAUAUGUCCAUGUCCACUGUUAACGCUCUCUUUGCUCUACUUAACCAGCUCUGAAACCAUUCUGUUCAGUGUCACUUCACCCCAAACUUAGUCAAUGGAAACUGKCUGUACAUACUUCAUGACCUCCGUUUUGUAUUUUAUUUCUUUUCUGUAASAUAAUCUAUAUAAAAUGUGUUUUAUUGAUGUUGUAAAUGAAUAUAUUAAUACGUACUGUAUAUUGCCUAAAUAAAUGAAAAGCAAAUACUGAGCCAUC